UUUAUCUAGUCUGCUAGUGAUAAUGCGUCACGUGAGCUGUGAUAUUACUUUCCCAUACAAUUGGUGCCGUGAAUUUUACUGCGGUGAAAGAUUACAACUUUCGGUCGAGGUACGGUGUGCCAAGUCGGUUACCGUUAGAGGAGUGAAGCUGUAUAUUAGCUGUCAAAAUUUGGAAAACGAGCCGGAUGAUGAGUACGGCCGGUACAUCGAUGACAUCGAAGAGGAUGUGGUCUCAAAUAAAAAGGUAACCGAGUUUAUAACGGAAAUAGAUCUUUUAGGAAAUGAUGAUGAACCAGUACAGUUUGCAUCAGGAACGCACAUUUUCAGCGUAGACUGCCAUCUGCCAGAGAGAAUCGGUGAUCAAAACUGUGAUAAAAGCGACCAACUAAGUUUAUGGAUUAGUGUAAGAAUAAAGAAGGCUCCCCUGAAGGAUGAAGCAUGUCCACUUGAGGUGGACCAUUGCAGAAAAAGGCAGACCAAUUUCACAUGGCCUGGCAGCUUUGAACGCAUUUCCAAUUAUUCUAACGUACGGGUAGAUAUUGAAUCUUUCCAUGCAUCAAAUGUAGAGGAAGAAAAUAACCGACUAUGCUGCUCGGAAGACGAUGACGAAUUUCUGGAAAAUUGGUUGGGAGCCAUUCCAAUGCAAGGGGAACUGUCGGAUGAGGAUAGCUAAAGCGGCUAGCGGGAAGAUCUAAUUGGAAGUGAUUUUUAGCGAUCUAUAGAGUUCAUGGAUUUCUUCAGUAUUUAUACGGAUCGUGUCCAACCAACUACAACCAGGAAGUCAGUGCAUGUGUGGAAAACAUUUGGCGCAUGUUUUAAGAACCUUCGGCGAUUAUAUUUACAUGAUUCUGAAGCUCUGUUCAGAGCACAUGAUGCGGGUGCUAAAAUGACGACUAACCGCAGGUGUUGGUUUCUACCUACGAUAAUAAAAUACGUCUAGUUGAUGCUAGCAGGGA